AUGGCGUUGCUGAUGCCAAUGAAGUUCUCCAACGACCCACGGGAAAAGGGCAUUUCUAAUUUUCUAUAUCCAGCAUACUGGCUCUCCGUUGUUGCCUUGCGUCCUCACACUCACACCUCAAGGCUCAAGGCUCCCAUCUUCGAUCUCCAGGAAGAAACCGUACUAGUAACUGCAAUUUAUAACGACCUUGGGACGUGCGUGUGCCCAGUAACGGUCAUCCUGGAUGUGGCUCCAACUGCCCAAUCAAAAUUACAAUUUUACCCCAGCCAUGACAGUUACCAUUCAUAUUCCUCACUCCCGCAUUACCCUUCUCUUCUGAUUCUCUCCAUUCGCCUCGCCAUGUUUCGCGUCAGCAACACCCUCGUUGGUGCCGUCAACAUUCUCACUCUCCUCCUCGGCGUCGUCUCCAUCGGCUUCUCCAUCUUCAUCCACGUCCGAGGCGGCCAGGCCUCCGAUUGCCAGAAAGUUCUGCAGUUGCCGCUGUUGGUGGGCGGCGUUUUCAUCACCGUCCUCUCCGUGCUGGGAAUUGCCGGCUCUUUAUGCAGGCUCAAUCUGCUUCUGUACGUCUACCUCUUCGUCACCUUCUGCUUGAUUAUAGCGCUCAUCGCUUUCACCAUCUUCGUGCUGUUGAUAACCAACCAGAAGGUGGGCCAGAAGGUGUCCGGCCAAGGGUAUAAGGAGUACAAGACAUGGGAUUUUCAUAACUAUUUGCAGAGGUAUGUGCUGAACGACAAGAACUGGGCUGAGAUCAAGAGUUGCCUGAUGGACACCCACGUGUGCCGGAAUCUCGCCGUUGCGGGCAAAUCUCUCAUCUACAAACAACUAACGACGAUGCAGACGGGGUGCUGCAAGCCGCCGGCAGCGUGUGGAUUCACAAUGAUAAACGUAACGUACUGGGAGGCGCCAAAGGCGGGUGCGGCGGCGACCGACGCGGACUGUAAUACGUGGAGCAACGAAGAAGACAAGCUGUGCUACGAUUGCAAUUCGUGCAAAGGAGGAGUGCUGGCCAACAUAAGGAAGCAAUGGAGACGAGUGGCCAUAAUCAACACGUGCGUGCUGUUGGUGCUCAUCGUCAUCUACUUCUUGGGCUGCUGUGCCAUCACAAACAAUCGUUCCGAUAGGCAUCGCUCCAAGUGCCUCGCACCAUAGCUUCUAUCCCUGCGAGCUUUGCCCUUUCUUUAUUUAUAUUUUCUUAGGUGCAGCUGCCUAGAAUUCUGUUUUUAGGAUUAAUCCCGUGCACGUUUCAUUUGGUUUCAGAUCACGUACAUAACUGCCUCAUGAAUCAUCAUGUGUGUUCUUGUAUUGGAAAUUUGGUAUCAACAAAAAGUGCCAUAUAUAUUAUA